AUGUGUCAACCUUAAAAACAACUGGGAAUAUGUCUUAUUUUCUAUUUUUCCAAUGCUUUCAUGUUCAAAAUCUAUAUUGUCAAUAUAGAUAUCUUUUUGUAGAUGAAUAUUAAAAAAAAAAAAUAUUAUGUACUUGAUGUAACCGAAAUAUUUUUUAUAUGUCAGUUACAUCACAAAACAGUUUAUAUUCUAAGUGGAGGAUUUUGGGGUUAAAAAGUUGAAAAUUAGAUUAAAACAUAGUUCUUUAACUUUAUCCUAAGAAGAUAGAAAAUAUCGCAUUUCUAGAUAUGUGUAAAAGUAAAAAAAUUUGUUUUAACCUCAUUAAAUAAUUUCUCUCAGUUUUAGAAGAAUACUUUUUUCACAAAUAACCGAUAAAGGAUCCUUCUUAUAAAGAAAGAUUUUGAUUUGUUAAUAAAUUUGGUAUUUUUAUCGUAGAAGAAACGUAAAUAAUUUCAUUAAUAUAAUUUGCAAAACCAAACAACCUCAAUGUAGAAUUAUAACAUUCCCUCUCAACCUAUGUUUUGUUAUUAUCCAAUGUAAAUUUACAAUCCCUACUUUUUCUAUCCAUAAUAAAUCGUUGUUUAAACCUAACCUUAAAUAAAUGAAUAAGAAAUUUCGAAUUAGAAUUGUUUUAACAUCAUAAAAAAACAAAAUCUAGAGGAAACAAAGCCACCUGAAGCCUAGGAUAGUCAUAAUUUUGAUUUUGAUAUUGAUGAUUAAGAUGACAAAGAUGAAGAUUAUAAAGUUAUGUGUUCGAACGAAAAUUCUGAUAGAAAUAAUAUUGUUAAUCAGUUGAAGGGCUCAACUAAUUUACAGAAAAACUAUGCCCGGGCUGUCAUUUUAUAUAUUAAAUAACAAAAUUCAAGUAUCGUUAAGGAAUUGGGUUAAAAAAAAGCCACAUAUUUCUUCAGAUUCAUAACCAAAAUCUAAAAUAAAAUCAGAAAUUUAUCACAUAUAAACAACUAUACAAGAGAUGAAGAAUUCAUCCGACUAUUUAGAAUGUUGUGUAAUAAAUUUUUGAGAAAAGAUUGUGUCAGCUACAUUUACAAUUCAAAAAUUAAAUAAAAGACAAGUCACUUGAAAGGAAAACAUGCGAUUAAUAAAAAUCUAUUCAAAAUCUGA